AUGAAACAUAAUGACGUAAUUCUGCGUUUAGCUCUAAAGGAUAAAAGAAAUAUACCUGCCGAUUAUUAUCAAAAGAUUGGGGGAACAAACUUGCAAGAAUCAACCGGGAAAAUCGACUUCAAUAUACCACAAUGUAACCUCGCAAGAGCUACUAAUCAAGAUUUCAUAGCUGUUCCCGAAGCUGAGAGUGAAAAAGAAAAUAAGACAAGAAUUAAUUCCAGCAAGAACGCUACGGAAUUUGAAACACUGUUAUCUCGAAGUGAACAUUUCAAAAGCUAUUCAAUUGAGAAAGUUAAUUUCGAUUUGCCAAAUGAUCUUCAGACUCAAUGUGAAAAAUAUGAUAUAACAAUAAGUAAUUCUGCCACUUACAAUACUGAAGUGAUACCAUUUACAAGUUCAAUAGAAGUUAAAGACCAGAGUUCCAAGCAAAUCGAGAAGCCUAUUAAUGACUCGUCAACCGAUUCUUCUUCAGAUACAGAAAGUACAUGUUCUUCAGACACUUCUAAUUCAACUUCAAAUGAGGAUAGUGAUGAUUCGGUGAAAGAUCCAGAUUUUCAAAUUGAGGAACGUCGUUCCAUUAAAAUCUCUGACGAUUCCGAAACUGAAGACAACGUUGGUAACCAAGCUAACUUCGAAGCUACACCUGCAGCUACAUCUUCAGUAUCAACAUUGUACUCAAACCUAGAUGACACGAUACCAGACACGAAAAAACGAAGCAGAAAACGUGUAGCUAAACCAACUGAAUGGUUACGAAAUAAAUGUAAAAUCUCCAGAAAUGCAGGAUCUGCUUACGUAACACUAAAAACAAAGGUGAUGAAGGAUUCUAGAAAAAUUAAACCACCGUGUAGCGAAAGCUGUUAG